UAUGUUUACGCAGUUCUUGCUCCUCCAUCUCGUUUCGAUGCUGCUCCGCUUCGGUGGAGCUCGCUCCUGUCUGUUGGGCACCGGCUCCUCUCCCGGCAGCACCGCGCGAGACUCUGGCACGCUCCGCCUCCUCGUGGAAUCUGGCCCAGCUUUGGCGCGCUGGCCCUCCUCCAUUAGCACACGUUUUGGGCCAGGAGCAGCGACAGGAGGAGGUGGAGCUCGCUGCUCGGCCCACGUUGCCCACGACGCGCAGUGCGGCGGCCCAGCGACGGCCUGCCGCGCGCCGGCGUGGCCGGCCGAACCCGGCCCCUGCUAGAGGGCACGGACUGCAGCGAGCGCACUGUGGCGCGCCAGCUCAAGUCGGGUGCUGCCAGGGCACCCCUCUGCGUGGCCCCCGGCCGAGGGAGCCUGCGUUUCCCACGUGUGCGCCGCUGCCUCUCCGCGGCAGCGCAGCACCGCUGCGGCGGCGCCCGCGCGGCGGGCACGACGUGCCACGCCAGCGCGCGCGCCGCGCCCGUGCGCCCCGUGGCAUACCAUACAUAUUUACACCCGGCUUUGUGAUACGAGGCUCCGCCUUCUUCGGGCGUUGAGCGUUCCACCUACAGUAAAGGGAUGAUGGGGAGCAGCACUGGG